AUGAAAGUCUUCUCAUCUAACUCCCAGCAUGAAAGCCAGUGUGAAAACGACAGUUGUUUUCCAGCUCAGACUUUCUCUGCUGUCAGAUUUAAAGCUCUGGAUUAUGUGUUUGAGACCACCACCAGUCUAAAGGUAAUGAUGAACCUACUGGCACUGCCAGCACCUUACUACACUGGUACCAGUGACCUGUACCCACACAGUGGAAAACUACCUGAAGUCACCUACAGGACACCGUGGAUCAGAGGAAAGGUGAUCUCCACCUGCAAACUCUUUGUCAGUGGUUCUGUGCUUGAAGACCUGGGCCAGAAACAAGAAGUUAUUCCACCAGAAAGAUUUACAGUGACUCUGAGUGAGGUGAACUUGGACAUGAUCCCCAGCUCUAAUCCUGACUCACUGAAGGAUCUAGACCAGGAUGAGUAUGUCUGCCUUUUAAAAGAGUCACAGAUAAAUAAUCCAUGUCAGGAAUCAUUUUUCAAGUGGACGACUGACCAGAUGAAACAUGAAAAUGAGGACAAAGAUCUCUUCCUGCCAGAGGAGCUCAUGGCUGUUGAUUACUUGCCACACUUUAAGAGGCAUUUACCCACACUUAAACCCAAACUGUCCCGUCUGAGGACGCUUCCUGUGGCUGACCCUCUGCUGAGCUCAACAGGAGAUGUUAUCACUGAAGACGGCAUAUUCAGGCACUACGCGUCUUAUGAAAAACCUCCUGAUGUGUGCACCAGCGACAUUCAGUCAAGUUCACACAUUCACGAGGAGUUUGGUAAAGAGUCACUGAUGAAAGACGAGUAUCUGUUGUUGCCGGUUGCCAUGGACACGCUGAGUCUGAGCCAAGCAAACAUCUGUACUCACAUGGAUGUUGCUCCUGAACAGCUUGAUGAGGAGCCUCCAGUCCUGGAUGUGCUUCAUAAAGCUUCACAUGUGUCAGUGUCAGUGGACAUUUCCCAUUAUGAAGCACCAGAGGAGGCCAGUAAAAAACGCAGCAUGGAUGGAGGCCUGAUGGAGUCAGAGCUGGCAGGACGACUGACGCUUCUGACUGAAAUGGAGCUGGACGUGACUUUGACUCCGACUCCCAAGAUAAGUCAAACCCAAAUCUGUGUGUCUACAUGUGACCUCCAGGAAGAAGAGAUGUCAGAGCUCUGCAGACAAUCUUUGGUGUCGGCCAAAGCUCAGGAAGAGAUGGAGGCAGCACUUUGGAUGGCGGAGAAGCAUCCAAACUUUGUGGUGGGCUUUCUGUUGGCAGAGCCACAUAUAUAUGAAGCAGCCAUCGACUUCCAGCCGCUGUCUGAAGCCUGUAAAGUCAUGAAGUCGGAGAAUCAAAGCUUCGUCUACAGUGGUGAAAAACUGCAGUUACAGGUGGAGACAGGAGCUCCACAGGUGUACUUGUGCCGCAGCCUUGAGUUCACAGAGAGCCUGAGGUGCAAGUCUCCUCCAGCCAACGAGGAAAAGAUGGAGGAUUUCAAAAAACUGUCACUUGAACAUGUGGAGAUCCCACUCAGAUCCAUCCUGAAGAACCCCACAAACAAAACUCAGUUACCUAUCUUGAAGAAAUCUGAAAUUGCUGCUUUUCAUGCUGAAGCUCUCGCAGACGACGCCCAUCUUCAAAAAGAAACAGCUGCUGUUAUGUCUCAGAACGCCUUCCUGAUGCAGGCCGUCAACACAGACAAUAAGGAAGUAAAAUCUACACCCAACAUCAGAGAUCAAGUUUCAGACAAGAGGUUUUCAGAAGUUGCAGCCAUGUUUUCUGCUCGCAAGAACGUCCUCAACAUGGGUAGAGAUGACUACAAGGUGGAGCAGAGAGCGGCGUCCCUCAGAGACUAUCCCAGAGGUCCACUGGUUAAGAGACGUCCACCAGAGAAGGACUUGGAUCCUCUGUCCACCUUCAUGUUACUGAGAUCUCAGCAGACUGCUCCAGUCACCACAACACCUCAGAGCUCAACUCCAGAACCAAACGUGGACCAACAAACGCCUCCAUCCCAGCAUCAUCAGCCUCCUCCAGAGAAGAUACAAAGAUCAGAUCAGAGGCCAAAAUAUAUAAGCGGUAGUGUGUCUGGAAAUGCUACCAGAGAGCAGAAAGCAGCUUUUCAGUCGACGAGUCAACCUGUCUGUCAGUCCAUCCCUCAGGACAGUAGAGUCGUACAGGUCCAAGCUACUGACAGCCAGCAGCGCGCCCACUGUGAGCUACUGGCCUUCGCUCAGCCUUGUUUAAACUCUGCCAGACAGCUGGGGCUCAACUUCCCGGCAUGGGGAGACUUCAGCUGCCUGGCCCCGGACCAAACACACUUCCUCCUCAAACAGCAGGAGAAGGCACUCUGCAAGACACAGAACGAAGAGCUGGUCAGAGAUCAGGAGCUGCUUUUCAACCAGGCCGCUCUGAUUCACGUGCUGGUGACAUUCAAGGAGCUGCUGCUGAAGUGUGACCUCAGCACUGCUUUGGACUACCUGACUAAGGCAGCUGAGGCGUGUGCAGAGCAAAGUCUGAAGCAGCUGGUGAAGAGGAUGCAGAUCAUCUUCCACCUCAGUCAGAAGAACCAGGAGUCCAACUUCAAACUGCAGGAGAUGCUGCAGCUGCUGGCUGCAUGGCUGCACAGCAGGACAGGACAGAGCACUGCGGAGAAAAUUCUUGUCAUAAUAUCAGUCGACUCUGAUGACAUCAGCUCUUUAAUCAUCAGCAGCUUGAGCCAAGUGACUGGUGUUGCUGUUACUGCGAUUUGUCCUGAGGAGGACAAGAAAAAACUGAAUGGUGCCAGUGUGGUCAGCAGCGUGUGCGACAGUGUGUGUGUGGUGGUGUACGAGCAGCACAUAGGGCCCGACUUCCCCUGGAGCUGUUUCUCUUUGGUGGUGGAGUACAACCAUCCAGGCCAGUCACCGUGGGCCACCAUCUGCCUAGAGAGGAGUAUAAAUCAUCUCACCUUCAACACCAUCAUCACUCACACUGAGGAGGAAAAAGCUCUGUGGUGCCUGGAGGACAAUGUUCCAUAUGUGUUGUUUGUGACAGAGGGACUUCUCAACUGUCCACUGCUGUUACAGACACUUGAGUCAGGGUUUAAUAUAACUGUGCUGGAGAGGAGCCACCGUCCAUCCCUGCAGAUGCUUGGAGGGACCGAUCACUACGCUGUGAUCACAGUGGACGAAAGCACCGCUAUCCUCAUUCAGGAGGAGGAUGAGCUGUGUCAGGAGCGAGCCAGUGAGAGAGUAGUGAUGAGGCUGACUGCUCUCUCACUGCAAUAUAACUGCUGCUGGCUCAUCCUGCACUGCAGAGACAGCCAGGGAGGAGGAUUUACCAGCGAAGCUUUCAGCAACUUGGUGUUGAUUUAUUCGUCUCUGGUGCUGUUCGGCAUGAAGUCAGAGGAUCUAGACGUCAAGGUGCUGAUUGUGUCUGAGGUGAUGGAAAUAGCCAAAUGGAUCAGCCAGAUCUGCUUCCACAGCCUGAUGGCCAGUGAGAAGGAUCCUCUCAGCUACCUGGACAGAGAUUGGCUGACUGUGAUUCCCUCAGAGGAGGAAAAGUGUCUGCUGAAGUUCCCUUGCAUUAACCCCCUGGUAGGUCAGCGCAUGCUGAGGAGAGCACCAUCCAUCCAGUGGCUUCUGGGGGCCUCUCUGUCUCAGCUGACGGAGCAGCUCCCUGAGGUGCCACAUAAAGUCCUCAAGCUGUUCAGUGACACCACAUCCCUGUACACACUGACCACAGACCAGCCAGAGUCUCAGACCAUCAUCACUGAGACACACCAACAAACCAGUCACCCAAACAGCCCCUGGGUCACCUGGGACCCCGAGCACUUGAACUCACAACCAAAACUGUUCAUCAGCCCUCAUCCUGAACUAUUCCGUGGUGACCAAAACACCAGCUUCCUGUUUGGAGCUGACUGCAGCUUUUGUGAACCAGACCCAGACUCAAUGGUGCAGGAGGGCAACACAGAUUUCAGACUCGACCUGAGUUCUUCCUUCGGCAGCCCAGAGGUUCACCUCCAGAGGAGCUGCAGUGAUCCAUGGAAAGAGGAGGACAGAGGCACAGGGGAGGUGAAGUUUUCUGGCUGGGGCGGCAGAGCUGGAGCAGCAGGGAGAGUUGUUGGAAGAGUAAACGAUGAGUGGACACCGAGGGCUACAAACAAACAAACACACUCGUACAUGCCUGGAGUCCUACUCAACAGUCCUUUCAAGCUGGACUCAACAUUCAGUUACAGCCCGAUUCUGCAGCAGCCAACCAACAGUCAAAUGUCCACAUACGCUACAGUCUACAGCGACCUCCAGCAUCCAGACAGCCACCAUGUUUCCCACGAUCUGAGCGCCCAUACAGAGGUCAUGCUGUGGGGUCAAGGUCAAAGCAGCAACAACAGUCUCACCAACAGUGGAGAGACAACAAAGGUUUCAGCCAUCUAUGGAUCCAAAUGCUGGAUCGGACAAGAGAGGAAGAGGAGGGGCGAGGCUGCAGGUUUGGUGGCAACAGUGUUGAUGCCACUGAAGAGGGGGAGAUUAAGCUAUGAGAAGGUGCCCGGCAGAACUGAUGGACAGACGAGGCUGAAAUUAUUUUAGGCAUGAGUGGUUUGUUCCUGUGGCUUGUUUGUAAAGACAAGAAUGAUUUGUUGAGUUAAAGUUAUUUAUUGCAUAAUUCAACUUCUGCUUCUGAAUUUUUAUCCUGAUGAAUUGAUGUAUGUUUGCCAUGUUAAUCUGCUAAAAGGUUUCUAUUUUAAGUUAAUUUUUUUUAGAUAAAAUGUCAACAGUGCUCUUGUUCAUUCCUGUUUUUUUGCUGUUAAAAAAAAAGCAGGAACAUGAAUUAAAUUAUUUAUAAAACACUAAUUUACUAUCAGUUUAUUUUGUAAAAUAUAGU